AUGGACGAAGUGAUGGGAGGACGACCACUGGCCAACGUCGAUGUCCACGGCGUUGACGUGGGUUUUGAGGAGGAACUGUGUGAUGGGGACAGUUCUUCUCUGAACGCUGCUCCGGACGCUGAAACUAAUGUUUGCAUAUCUGACAACGUACACAACAGCAUGGAGUGGGCUGAGGAGAAUACAGAGGCUAGUGAGGACAGCACCUCCCAGACCAGCGAUUCGACUGUGCCACGGGCUGUAAAAAAGAAAACCCAAUCAAAGACCACAUCUAGCUAUGAGAGAGCCUUGCUCACUUGGUCUGCUCAUCAACAGGCCUUUAUGGAGAGCAUGCAAGCAUCUCAAAAUCAGUGGUACGAGCAACAGCGGGUGGAAAGUCAUCGGCAGGAAGAGAGAAUGCUCUCGAAAUUCCUUGAAGAAAGUUCACGCUCUAAUGAGCGACUCUUGGGGCAUCUGUUUGACGGUCUUCGGGCUAUCCUCCCACAUUCCUCACAGGCACCCUCACAUGCACAAUUUCAGCAUCCUCAUACUCACUCAUACUCACCGCCACCAUAUGCAACACCCCAGCAUCCUUAUCCACAGUCCACACACCCAUACUCACAGCCCACACACCCAUACUCACAGCCCCAACAUUUCAAUCCACGGCCAGAUGACUCAGAAUACACCCUACAAGACCUUGAUUAAUCACUACAGUUAAGAUGACAAAUGAGCGAAUUUCCCCAAGAAAGUUCAAAACGGGUCAAUAUUUUUGUUUUCGAAAUAAAUGUUAAACGUUUUAAUUAUGUAAAUAUAUUGUGAAAAAACUUAUGUUUACUUCAAAAAAUGUCGCCUUUUAAAGACAUGAUUUCAGGGUAGUCUGAGUCCACUUCAACAAGAAAGCUCAAACAAGUUAAUAUUUUUUCUUUACAAGAAAGGCUGUUCAGAAAUGUUAGUUAGUUGAACAAACCUAUGUUUACUUGAAAUAUGUCUGCUUUUUAAGACAUAAACCUUUUUUAUUUAUUCUUGUAAGAGAAACAUGUUAGCAGACAAAUUGUGCUGCCUUGUGUUAGGUCUUUUUUAAA